GUCGGCCAAUAAUUCCACAUUUUUUUCUGUUUCUGUCGUUACACUUUACAUAUGUUAUCAUAAUUAUUAUUCACAUGCUAUUAAUUUAUCUAUAUGCAUUGCCAGCAUUGGACUGGACACUCUUUCUUUGUCGCCAUACUCUGUUCGGUAAUUUGUGGUGCAUUCAAUUUUACAGAUUUUCCACAUAACCAAGAGAUAUGAAUUUACCAUCCUAUCAUGCACGUACCCACGCAAAUUAGAACGAAACACAUGAGGGUAUCUAUGAAAUAAACCAUAAAUAAGCUAACACCUACCACUUUAAAUUCUUACCAACCAGUCACCGUUCUCCUUUUCCAUUUACAGAGAUAACCCUAACUUGGCCUCUCUCUCUCUCACACACACACUCCACUUCACACAAUGGCUCCUCCUCAGAAGCUCGUUCUCACCGUCAUUGUCUCAGCCGUCAUUGUAGCCGCCACCACCGCAUAUGGACCUAAUAGUGCUGCGGAAGAUAUCGUACAUUCAUCUUGCGUGCACGCGAGCUAUCCAUCUCUAUGCGUCCGUACACUCUCUACCUACUCAGGUCCAACCAUCACAAACCGUCGCGAGCUAGCUCAAGCCGCCGUCAAAGUAAGCCUCUCUCACGCUCAAGCCGCCGCGAAGAAACUCGCGGCUGUGAGACAAACCGUGGGGAAAAAACGCGAGAAAGCAGCGGUUGUGGACUGCGUGGAGAUGAUUGGCGACUCGGUGGAUGAGCUGAGCCGCACGCUAGGCGCUUUAAAGCAUCUCCACGUCUCGGGAGGUUCGGCGAAUGAGUUUAGGUGGCAGAUGAGCAACGCGCAGACGUGGGCUAGUGCGGCGUUGACAGAUGAUGACACGUGUCUAGAUGGGUUUAAAGGUGUCGACGGUGAGGUCAAGUCGCAGGUGAAGCAUUGGAUGACGAAGGUUGCGAGGGUUACGAGCAACGCGCUUUACAUGAUUAACCAGCUAGAUGAAUCACGUGGCAAGCCCCACGUCGUACGUUCUUGAUGUUAUGAUGCGCUUGUCCUAAUGGACAAUUAUGAUUUGGUGUUGGUUUUUAUUUGUGUAUGCUUAAUUGCAAGUUAUCUACUAUUUAAAGAAGAGAUACAUUGUCCUUUUAGUAGUUAUGUAACGGUAUACUAAAU